AUUUGUUCCAGAAUGGUUAAAGCAGGGAGCACAUGAAGUUGGUGGGACCUUCUAGGGGACGAUGGAGGGACUGCAAGAAUUCUUGCUGUGUUCUCUGCAUAAGUGCUGUAGGCCAGCUGGGUGGCCCACAAACAUCCCAGGUCACCGAGUGGAGGAACCUGGACCCCAGGCGAAUGCAGAUGCCUCAGGGGAAUCCGUUGCUGCUGUCCUACACCCUGCAGGAGCUGCUGGCCAAGGACACGGUGCAGGUGGAGCUCAUCCCUGAGAAGAAGGGCCUGUUCCUUAAGCAUGUGGAGUACGAGGUUUCCAGCCAGCGCUUCAAGUCCUCCGUGUACAGACGCUACAAUGACUUCGUGGUCUUCCAUGAAGUGCUGCUUCACAAGUUCCCGUACCGCAUGGUACCAGCCCUUCCACCCAAGAGAGUGCUGGGAGCCGACAGGGAGUUCAUCGAGGGCCGCCGGAGGGCCCUGAAGCGCUUCAUCAACCUGGUGGCCCGGCACCCGCCCUUCUCUGAGGAUGUGCUCCUGAAGCUCUUCCUCUCCUUCAGUGGCUCAGAUGUUCAGCACAAGCUCAAGGAGGCGGCCCAGUGCGUGGGAGAUGAGUUCACGAACUGUAAGCUGGCUGCUAGGGCCAAGGACUUCCUCCCAGCUGACAUCCAGACUCAAUUUGCCAUGAGCCGGGAGCUGAUUCGAAAUGUCUACAACAGCUUCUACAAACUUCGAGACAGAGCUGAGCGGAUUGCGUCCCGGGCUAUUGACAACGCUGCUGAUCUUCUCAUAUUCGGGAAGGAGCUCAGUGCUUUGGGUUCCGACACCACCCCUCUGCCCUCCUGCGCUGCUCUGUACCUCAGCACAUGGUGCCUGUCCGUGGAGUUUGCUUUGCUUGCAGACAAAGCUGCACAGCAGGGUAAGAAGGAGGAGAAUGAUGUGGUGGAGAAGCUGAACCUCUUCUUGGAUUUGCUGCAGUCCUACAAAGACCUGUGUGAGCGGCAUGAGAAGGGCGUGCUUCACAAGCAUCAGCGAGCACUGCACAAGUACGGCCUGAUGAAGAGGCAGAUGAUGAGUGCGGCACAUGGCCGAGAGCCCGAGUCUGUGGAGCAGCUGGAGUCUCGAAUUGUGGAGCAGGAGAACGUGAUCCAGACUAUGGAACUCCGAAACUACUUCUCCCUGUACUGUCUGCACCAGGAGACUCAGCUUGUCCAUGUCUACCUGCCUCUCACCUCGCACAUCCUGGGGGCCUUCGUGAACUCCCAGAUCCAAGGGCACAAGGAGAUGAGCAAGGUGUGGAAUGACCUGAAGCCGAAGCUCAGCUGCCUCUUUGCUGGACCGCACAGUGUGCUGACACCACCACGCUCCCCGCAGGAGGAUGGCAUGUGUCCCCACUAGUGACAAGGCCCACGACAGAGCUCCCUGUGGCCUCACUAAAACCUCUCUGCAAACAGUGUGUCCCUGGCUGAUUCCCUCUAGGCAGCAGCCAUUCCCCCGAGCUGCCUGUGGGCUGUGCUGGCCGUCUUUGUGUCUCCCUGUUCCUGGGCAGGAGGUCUUCGUGCCCCCAGCCCGCCCCUUGGCCUGUUUCUCAGGUCGGUAGUGGGAAACUAGGGUGCUUUAGACUGGAUUGUGCCCGAUGCCCAGUGCUAAGGGCCUUUUGUACCCAGUAAGUGGCAUCUAGGAGAGCCUAGGGGUUAACCUAGCAGCAAAGAAAUGGGAGGACUGGCCCUGUCCGGUGUGGCCUGGCAAGGAGCUGGUCAAUCUCUGAGGGUGGAACCCAACUACACUAGGCCUGCAGACAUUCUUCGAGGGGUGUGCGAGGCCAGGCGAGUGGUCUCACACAGGAGGAGGGGUUGAGUGUGCAGUGUUUGGAGCUUAGGAGGACAUAUUGCACUCCAGUACGAUCCUUCGAGGUCCAGGGCCUGUCAGGGUCCAAUGGAUGAGUUUCCUAUGUUGAGUGAGGAAGGGUUGUGGGGCACUGGAGAUGGGCAUCCCUGUUGGGCUGUCCGUCAGCAGGCUCUGUGUGGAUGCGAGUUGUUUCCUCUGCCGACCGCUCACUGGCCGUGCGCUGCAGGCCUGUGGCCCUCAAAGCUGGCGUAGAGCCUGCCUUUUCUCAUGCAGUCUUUCCCUGACUGGGCUGUGGGUGCCCGACUCCAAACUUGAGGUUCCUCUCCAGGGUUCAAAGGAAUGCAGAGUCCCUGUACCCUUCUGGGCAUCCUGCUGUCCGAGCCUGUGCCGCACCACAGCCAUGCUUGGGGCUGCUAGAAAGACGGAGAAGCACAAGUAUCACCGGAUCUCCUGCCUGCCUGUCCCUUUUCCUGGGCUGGGUGGGGCCCAGCUGUAGCCUUAACUGGACGGUCCUGGGGCCAUCAGAGUAAGAGCGAAGGGAAGAGCUUUUUUUUUUUUUUUUUAUGCCACUCUGACUGAAGAAGCUGACAGCAGGGGCAGAGGGGCUCUGGGACACUGCUGUGUGGACUCUGGGUUAAGGACGUGAAGAGGCUGGUGCUGUGGGAUUCGGCUCGAUGAAUGAAGCACUUUAUGGACUGCGGGAAUCAGUUACUGCCACACCCAAUAAACUGGAAGUGUUUACAGAUGGUU